AUGAUUCCACCUCGCCUGGCUCACCAACUCCAAAGCUUGAUCACUCGCAAGUUAUUAGAAUCCACUGUGUUCAAUGAAUUCGUUGCCAGGACUGAUGGCGCCUUUCACUCGAUAAGGCUCGGGUUGAAAGAAGGGUGGCAGGAAGGAGAUAAAAAUUCGUCGAACGAUGGCAAAUCAUCCAAUGAUGAUCAAGAAGAGCCGAAACCUAACAAAACCACGCAUGGAUCAAAAUCUAGCUCAACAGACCACGGGAGACCAUUUCAUUCGACUGAGGAGCCACAAGAACCGCCAAAGAGAACAGAUCAGGACAAACAAAGGCUCGACACCGAACAGAAGCUCCACAAAUUACUGGACAAGCUUCGUCGCCAGCAACCUAAAUCUUAG